AUGGAUAUCAUGGAAAUGGUGGAGGUCGUGGGCAUCGCCCUGGGAGUCAUAGGAUUAAUACUGACCAUUGUGAUCUGUACUCUCCCCACCUGGAUAGUGACAACCUUCAUAGCAGAUAACUCAGCCAACACAGAGGUGGUCUUGUACGGCCUGUGGAUGAGCUGUGUGACCCAAGGCACGGGAAAGACACAGUGUGAAGUGUACAACUACAUGGAGUAUUGGAAAUAUGAUCUGCAGCCUGCCAGAGCCAUGAUCCUCACUGCCAUCAUACUGGGGGUUCUGGGUGUCAUGGUCUCCAUGGUCGGAGCCAAGUGCACCAACUGCAUCAAAGACAAAACAUCUCAGGCCAAGUUGAUAAUUAUCGCUGGAGUACUUUUCAUCCUGGCCGGAAUUCUCAUCAUCAUCCCUGUUUCCUUGGAAGCCAGAUCAAAUAUCAGUGACUCCUCAAUGCGGAUCAAAGGAAAGCCUGAGCUGGGGGCCUCGCUGUACUUCGGCUGGGUGGCGGCUGCCCUGCUCCUGAUUGGAGGGGUCUUACUGUGCUGUAACUGUCCUCCGAGAGAG